AUGCAACUCCACAUGCAAGACCCUACAUGCAUGCCCCUACAUGUAAGCCCCCCACAUGCAAGCUCCCACAUGCAAGCCCUGCCAUGCAAGCCUCCACAUGCAAGCCCCCCACAUGCAACCUCCACAUGCAAGCUCCCACAUGCAAGCUCCCACAUGCAAGCCCCCACAAGCAAGUGCCCACUUUUAAGCCUCCACAUGCAAGCCCCUACAUGCAAGCCCCCACAUGCAAGCCCCCACAUGCAAGCCCUCCCAUGCAAGCCUCCACAUGCAACCUCCAUAUGCAAGCCCCCCCCACAUGCAACCUCCACAUGCAAGCUCCCACAUGCAAGCCCCCACAUGCAAGUGCCCCACAUGCAAGUGCCCCACAUGCAAGCCUCCACAUUCAAGCCCCCACAUGCAAACCCUCUCAUGCAUGUGGAGGCUUAA